AUGUUGGUCGAGCCGAUGCUCAGUCAAGUCACCUUGCAAAGAUUGGCGGUCGAUUUAUUCGGCGUCGCGGGAGUCCUCACCAUCGCCUACAUUCUCUACAACCGCUUCGUUCAUCCUCUCCGUCACAUUCCCGGUCCCUUCUGGGCCUCCAUCACCCCAUGGGUUCAACUAUACCAUGGCCUCAAAGGUGACCGCCACCUCUGGCUUCAUCACCUCCAUCAACAAUAUGGCACACACGUUCGCGUCGCACCCAAUUUUGUCUCAGUCAACACCGACCGCGGUCUGCACGACAUUUACGGUCACGGCAAGCGUCUUCAAAAGGCCGACUUCUACAACGCUUUUCCCGCGAUCAAGGGUGUGUAUAACACCCACAACGCCAUCGAUAAGACCAUGCACGGACGCAAGCGACGUGUCUUGAGUCAGGCGUUUUCCGAAACCGCUCUCAAGGGCAUGGAGGAUGUCAUGCUGCUGCACGUUCGACAGCUGUGCGCUGAAUUGGCAGGCGAGGGCGGCAAUCAAAAUGGUGACAGCAAGGGUGUCGUGCGAAACAUGGGAAAUUGGUUCAGCUAUCUGUCAUAUGACGUGAUGGGAGAAUUGUGCUUUGGAAAGAGUUUCGACAUGCUAGUUGCCGACGGUCGACGACACAUGAUCGGGCUGGUUGAUCGGGCUGCGAAUCGUCACUAUGUGUGCGGACUGUGGAUGCCUCUCGAUCGAUGGCAUUUGGACCAGAUCUUCAUUCGAAAAUUGACUCAGGACCGUUGGAACUUCAUCAUGAACUCCCGUGUCGAGGCCAAUAAGCGCGCAAAGGAACGUGCCAUGGCCGGUCGUGAGGCCAAGAAGGACUUCUUCUACUACCUUUUGAAUGCCAAGGAUCCAGAGACCGGCAAGGGCCUGUCGACCCCGGAGCUCUGGGGAGAGGCCAACGUGCUGAUGAUCGCCGGUAGCGACACCACCUCGACCACCUUGGCGGCGACGCUCUUCUAUCUGGUUCGAACGCCCGAGGCCUUGGCCCACUUGACCAAGGAGGUUCGCGAUGCUUUCUCCUCCGUGGAGGAGAUCACCAGCGGCAGCAAGUUGAACGAAUUGGUCUUCCUCAAGGCUUGCAUCGACGAAGCCCUCCGUUUGGCACCAGCUGUUCCUGGUGCUCCGCCUCGUGAGGUGAUGCAUGGCGGUGCCGUGGUGGACGGAGUCUUCCUCCCCGCUGGCACCGACUGCGGAACACCCACGUACUCCAUUCACCGACAGCCUCAAUACUAUCGCGAACCCGAAACCUACAUCCCCCAACGCUGGAUUGAAGGCGCCACGUGCAAGGCGGGUGGCGCCUCAUGGACUAGCACCAAGGAGGACAUCGAGGUCGCCCGCCGGGCAUUCUGUCCAUUCAGCAUUGGACCCCGAGGAUGUAUCGGCAAGAGCAUGGCAUUCAUGGAGAUGCGGCUGACCUUGGCCCGGUUGAUCUUCCUCUUCGACAUGACUCUGGCAGAUCGCGAGGGCGAGGAUGCGAACGGUCACUUGGCGCUGGUGGACCAUUUCACAAGCGCCAAGAAUGGACCGAAUGUCGAGUUUCAAAAGGUCCUGCCGGGAUCAUCAUGA